AUGCCCAACAACGCUGUGGAGGAAAACGAAGACGACUACUGCACCGCGUGCCUCAGUUUCCUUAUUGAACGAAAAAAUCCGCCGUCUUGCAGACACAACUAUUGUGUCCUUUGCUUUUAUUGUAAGUAAAAAAUCAUUCCAUUAAACUCUAGAAUUGCGUUUUUCAGUGUUGAUUGCGAGAAGAACAAACUGUCUGAUUUGUGACGUGCCGAUUUACGAGAUUGAACGUGUUUUCAAAGAUUUGAAAAGUCAAGAGAACAUUGCGGCGAAUCGACAACAGCAGUAA